UAUGUGGUCCAUUUCAAAGUCACAAAAUGCAGUAUUUAUGAAACAGAAAGGCAGCAUAGUUGGAAAAGUGUGUGAUAUUGCAGCCGCCAACAACAAAGGAUGCAUCAAGAUAAUGAUGAAUGGCUUUGACAAAAUUGUGCGUCUUGAGGAGUUCAAUGCAGAAGACAAUGAAUACUCAAGCUUAUUUGCUGGACACCUUAGCAGUAGAAAUUCAUUUGUGGAGAGAUGGAGGACCUUAAAAGAAUCAGGGCAAACCAAAACAACAUCAACAGUAAAAGGGACUUACUCUACGAUUGAUCCAUUUGAAUUCAAAGAUGAUGCAGCAUCUGAUAAACUAAGUGAUGUGGCUACACAGAAUUUAGUACCAGUACACGUAGAAGUACACAGACCAUCUAUCGCAGAUUGCUCUGAAGUGGGUGAUAUUUCUCCGGUAAUAGCAGAACCAGUAGAAGUCUGUGAAGAUGAGUUAAAUGGUAUGAAUGAAAAUGAGAGUACCAGCUUAUCAGGGAAAUCUCAUACAGAAAAUGGAAUUCUUGUGGAGGCCAUUCAAAAGAAACUUAAAGGCUACAUGGUACUCCCUGUGUCAGAGCUACGACAACCGUCUUUCAUCAACCUGUUAAGAGAACCAGAUCGUAAGCAUGUAAAGGAACUAGAGAAAGAAUUCCAAGAAAGACCAGGGAAUUACUUUCAGCUGAUGGUUGUUAAUGCUUGCGGUGACCUAAAGGAGGACAAUUUUGAGUCAUGCACUCUUGAGGUGAUAGGGGGAAAUCACUCCAGAGAGGCUCUUCAAAACAUAAUAUGUAAAGCCCCCAAUCCAUCUUUGUUUGAGAAGAGAAUGUGCAUCGUAUACACAAAUCUAAACCCUGACGAGGCCAAGUAUGUUGCCAAUCAGCAUAACCAGGUCAGAAAGUUUGGUACUGACCUUGACCUAAUAGACAGAGCUGGCUGUUUCAGGUAUGCUCUGUUUGAAAAAGCUGGCUAUACAGAUGUCAAGGACACAAUUACUGAAAAGACCCCGGAACAAAAGGACACCAUUCAAAAAUGGAAGGAGGGGCUACAGCUAUGUGUCGGAGCAGUCAGUAGAAAAACUCUUAACAACCGAUUCAGGUUUGAAAUAAAGUUAGCACAACUUGACACGGAAAUUUGGAAAGAAUUUCUUGAGUUUCAUAAGAAAUUGAAAAAGGAAGUUAAGAAAGAGAAGAUCAGUGGGCGACUAUUAAAGCCAUUAAAUGGAAUUCUAUCAGGGGACUUGCUUAAAUUCUUGAAAGAGUACAACGCAGAAACAAUUAACUUCAAGCAACUGAUCUCUCUCUGCAUGGAGUCAAAAUCCAAUGAAGCUAACAAAAAGGAUGAAAGGUCUGAACAAGGGACAUUGGUAUCAAGCUCUGAAGUAGAGACCUCUGUUGAGCCAAUGAAUGAUGGAGUAGAGGAAGAGGAGGCUAUGGAUUACACCAAAGUUAUUGAGGCACUGAAGAGAACAGCAGCUAAAGAGAAAAAGAUCAAUGGCGAACUGAAGCUGGAGAAUGCCGAAUUAAAAGAGGCAUUAGAAACAUCAAAAAAGGAAAAAGCGGAUAUUAAAAAAGAUCUUGCACAAAGAUUGCUUACUGAGAAGAAAAUGAAUGAUGAAAUUCAGCAAUUAAAGGAAAAGCUUAAUCAAGUAACGAAAGAAUGUAGGAUUUUGAGGGAAAAACAAGGCAAGAUUACUAAAAGGAAAAUCACAUCAGCAGUGGAUGUCAUAGAAGACACUUUACCAGUGAUGAAAAAACCAGCCACUGAUGAAUGGAGUUUUAAGGAGGGACGGGAGGACCUAGACGUAGGCAGGAUUGUGGCAAUUACACCAAUUCGCCAAAAAGAUGUUGUGGAUGGAGAACCAUGGUUGGCCUUGACAAAUAAAGUUGCCAAAACUAAGAUCAAAGUGUCAUGGCUGCAGGGGAGCUACAACACCAGUUGGAUACCCAAUCCAGACUUUGAAGGGUGUGCUCCAGAUAGCAUCCCUAGAAAUAGGGUGGCAUGUAGCUUCAAGUUUAUCGGCGAUAAAAUCUUGCCUGGCUACAUUGUAGAUAAGCUAAAGAAGAUAUUUAAAAAUUAAGACAUAAGAAAACCUAUGCAAAUAAGCCACAAAUAAGUAGUGACAAUAGUAUUGGGUACAUCAGUAUUGGUCUCCACUACCAUUAGAACUAGUUUCAUUAUGACA